ACAGAAUGUUUACUUUAGAAUUCCAGAGUAGAAUUUUCAAACUAGAAUCUUCAGUAAUUUAGCAUGAAUCAGCUCAGUCUAACUUGAGACACCAAAGAGGAAAGCUGUUUUUACAAUGAGACUUCGCGAUUUCUUCUGCUGCUGCUUACCUGUUCCUGGGGACAACUCCAAUUAUGACGAAAGAGAUUCACCAAGGACCCCUGAGGUAGAUUGCAGCAACAAGAAGAAAUCUGGAAAAGGAAUCUGGAAGAGGCUGCCAACCCCAAGCAAGAAAAAACUCAGGAAAGAGGCCAAGCAGCUGAGACAUGAAAUGGCUGAUAGAAAGAGGAAGGAGGUCCAUCUCAUGGACUUAAUCUUGGAGGCCGAAGAUGAAUCCAUGAAGGUCACACGUCCAGUUGUGUUGAGAAAGGAGACACCUGAGGAGAAUGUGGAGGACGUGAGAAUUGGGAGCGUAGUCUUGGUCCAUGCCACCCAGCACAGCCAGGAUGUUGCUGGCCCAGCAGUGGGCAUCCCUGAGGGAGAGACGGGCCAGGCCGAGGCAGAGGUUCCACUUAGCAUUGACCUACUGGAGUCUGUGUACACCAACUUGUCCUCUGGCAUCGACAUGGGUCUGCUGUGUCUUCUGGUGCAACUUUCGAAGGACUUGCGCAAAGGAGACAGCUGCGGAGGUGAUCAGCCUUUCCAGAACCGCAAGACCCCUGUGCUGGUCCCCAACGCUGGAGAGUUGCUGCAGAGUCAUCUGACCAUGCAUGAGGAGAAGGAGGAAGAAGUUGAGGAGGAGGAGGAGAAGAAGAAAGAGGAGGAGGAGGAGGAGGAGGAGGAGAAGAAGAAGGAGAAGAAGAAGGAGGAGAAGAAGGAGGAGGAGAAGGAGAAGGAGGAGGAGGAGAAAAAGAAGGAGGAUGUUCUCCUGGCGGAAGAGGAGGAGAGGAGGCUGCAGCAGCUGUCCUGGUUUGAAGGAGGAGGACUGGCUGUUUUCAAUACAGCAGCGGCGGCAACUGCAGAAGCAGCAACACAAAUGCAAUAUGUUUUUGCACUAUUUAGUAAUAUUUUCCAGCAAAUGAUGGAUAAACUAUAUUAUUUUAUCAAAACGUAUUAAUACCAUUAAUUUUGUGCAUUUAGCCUUUAUUAAU